CAAUUCAAUUCAAAACAUCUACGUCCCAACUUUAGUUCCUACUCCCAUCACCUUUAUCAAAUACUACAAAACAAAACAACAAAAUGGUCCAUCACUUCCCUUAAUCGAAAGCUUCUUUCCCUUUUACUUUCCUUAAUCCACUUCCAACUCCAUUAUCAUCUAAAUAAAUAGAUCCAAGAUUCAUUUGUUCAUCUUCCAUUUCAUAAUUCAUUAGCCAUGACUUCUUCAGAGAGCUUGAGUUUUUUCUCUCCUGAAUAUAGUACUCCUAACAUGUUUCCGUGUACACCAUCACCACAACUAGCACCAGCACCGUCUCAUAAACGUGGCACGCCAUCGCCUAUGAACCAAAUGGUUGGGUCAAAACACGCCAUCAAUCAACCUUUGACACCAGAAUUUCCAUUUGAAAGCAAGACAAAACAAGUCCAAUAUAUCGUGCCAGGAAUACGUAGACGGACCAAUCCUGCUGUAUGGUGUGCUGCAAUACUAUGCAUGAUGUUCAGCCUACUCCUGAUAAUAUUUGGUAUUGUCACACUAGUCAUUUUCCUAUCAAUUAAACCAAGAAGUCCAGUGUUUGAUACAUCUAAUGCUAGCCUAAGUGUCAUAUACUUAGACUCACCAAAGUAUAUGAAUGGUGAUUUCACAUUCAUAGCAAAUUUCACCAAUCCAAACAGGAAACUUGAUGUGAGAAUUGAGCAUUUGGAUAUUGAACUCUAUUUCUCAGAUAGCCUAAUAGCAACACAAGUUCUUCAACCUUUUACUCAGAGGCAACGCGAAACGCGGCUAGUAAAAGUUCACAUGAUAUCUAGCUUAGUUUAUUUGCCACCAAUAUCAGCUUACAAGUUGCAAAAACAGGUACUUAGCAACAGAGUUGUGUAUAACAUCAGAGGAACUUUUAAAGUUAGAGUCAAAAUUGGCCUAAUUCAUUACUCUUAUUGGUUACAUGGGAGAUGUCAAUUAGAGAUGACAAGUCCACCAGCAGGAGCUCUUAUUACACAUAGUUGUAGAACAAAGAGAGCCUCAUCAAGAAAACAUUGCAUUGGACCCCUGAAAGUUACUAUAUCAGCAACUAUUGUGGAACAUGCCAGCAAAACAAAGGAGCCACACUAGUAGAAAUGGCAACAAUGAGUAUAUGAUCAGAACUUCCUGAGGGAUUUCCACAAGUAUUAUGGAGAAGAGAAAAGAAAAGAAGGAAAAAAAUCUAAUCAAGAUGAAGCAAAUAUGUAAAAGGGAUGAAUCUUUAGCAAGACCACAGCGUUAAACGAAUCUCCAACCAUUGGAAAAUGCAAGGUCAAUCCGACAACUUCAACAUUUUAUCUGAAUUUAAUACAUACAUACUCUUUAUCCAUGUUCAGGUAGAGGCUAGCCAGCAAAGCAUUUUUGUCACAAAAGUUUUCAGGAAAUAAAGCAAUAAAGAGGAUCCAAAUACAGAAAAGAUACAGCACGCAAGGAGUAAUGAUGAACAUUUCAGAAUUAUGGCCAGUAGCUAUAUGCCAUAGUCAAUUCAGCUCUACAUUCAGGUAUAGAUACUAACUUGAAUGAAGCAAAGAGGAAGUGAAAUGUAGAUAUGUUUGAACUCCUUGUGUAAGCUACCGUUAGUUAUUCUAGGUUGCAUCUUGAAAUUAUUUCUAUGGAUUUCAAGAACUAAAUGUUAUCUGGAUCCUUUGAUUGAGAGGAACAAGAGAAAAGUAGUUAGCAGAAAAGGAAAUCCUUGAUUUUAGAUGGUGUCGUCUAGAAAUGCACAACAUACAAUU